AUGGCGGGGCAGGGCGGGAGCAGCGCUGGAGGCCGUGGCGUUGUGAUUUCAGACAAUUGGCCUGGAUACAGUCUGGAUUUGUUCACUUAUCCUCAGCACUACUAUGGAGACCUGGAGUACGUGCUCAUUCCUCAUGGCAUUAUUGUUGACCGGACAGAACGACUGGCGAAAGAUAUUAUGCAAGACAUUGGAGACAAUGAUAUUGUGGUUCUCUGUGUCCUCAAAGGUGGCUACAAGUUCUGUGCUGAUCUUGUGGAGCACAUUAAAAAUCUUAGCAGAAAUUCAGAAAGGUUCAUCUCCAUGAAAGUCGAUUUUGUUAGACUGAAAAGUUACCACAAUGAUCAGUCUAUGCAAGAUAUGCAGAUAAUUGGAGGAGAUGAUCUUUCAAAGCUGACUGGCAAGAAUGUUCUAAUUGUGGAGGAUAUUGUUGGAACUGGAAGGACCAUGAAGGUUCUGCUUAACAAUAUAGAAAAAUACAAGCCAAAAAUGAUUAAAGUGGCAAGUUUGUUGGUGAAAAGAACAUCUCGGCCUGAUGGGUACAGACCAGAUUAUUACGGAUUUGAAAUUCCAGAUUUAUUUGUGGUAGGUUAUGCAUUAGACUACAAUGAGCACUUCAGAGAUCUAAACCACAUAUGUGUAAUCAAUGAACAUGGCAAAACAAAAUACAGAGUCUGA